GCGAGAUGAGCGGCGUCCCGUGGAAGCGGCUGGAGCUCGCCGUGCUGUGCGCCUACGCGCUGGUGUUCUACCUCUUCAUGAUCUGGAAGUCGCUCCAACUCUCCCAAGAGUACUCCGGGAGGCUCUACGGUCUACGAGCAGGAUCACUCGCCGGCCGCCUGAAUGACCUAUCCGACGCGCAAUGGAGAAACUUUCGCGGGAACUUACCUGUCCUCACCGCCGUAAUGGGUGCGUUCCUGGUCGUGGCGAAUGGGUUGCGCUAUGUGUAUAGCUUGAAGGGCAGAGGGGCCUCUUUGGUGUGGCUCGUACUGUCCCUGAUCUAUCUAUGCUAUCUACAUGGCGCUUGUGUUGGCUUCAUCCUCGCGAUAGCAGGGGUUAAUUACUCGAUAGUGAAGUUAUUUGCUCGAUUUAAGUAUUGCACUGGCCUCAUAUGGAGCUUCAACUUAGCUAUGCUUAUACUUAACCGAGUCUAUGAAGGUUAUUCAUUCUCGUUGUUCGGGCAAAAACUGGCUUUUCUUGACAACUAUCGGGGUACAUUUCGAUGGCACAUAUGCUUCAAUUUCGUUGUAUUACGCAUGAUUAGCUACGGAUGUGAUUACUGCUGGACGCUUCGUUCUUCUCACUUUGAUCACAAGAAACACAUGCAGAAAUGUGAAGUUUGUUAUUCUGGCAAGACAUGCUACCUUGCUUUGCAGGAGAAAGGGCUCAGUGUUGACAAAUACACAUUCCUAACUUAUUUAUGCUACUUAACAUAUGCUCCACUCUAUAUUGCUGGUCCUGUUGUAAGCUACAACGCAUUUGCAGCUCAGUUAGAUGUACCUCAGAAAAACUAUUCAGUUGGGCAGAUAUGUAUUUAUGGGCUGAGGUGGAUCCUAAAUUUCCUUCUGAUGGAAGCCAUGACACACUUUUUCCACUACAAUGCCUUUGUAGUCAGCCGAUUAUGGCGGCAGUUGACACCGUUUGAGAUCUUUAUCAUUAGUUAUGGGGUGUUGAACUUUAUGUGGUUAAAAUUCUUCCUUAUUUGGCGCUACUUCAGGUUCUGGUCACUGGUAGGAGGAGUUGAGACACCUGAAAACAUGCCUAGGUGCAUAAAUAAUUGUCAUGACCUUGAGAGCUUCUGGAAAAGCUGGCAUGCUUCUUUUAACAGAUGGCUGGUCAGGUACUUGUACAUACCUCUUGGUGGGUCUCGACGAAAACUACUUAGUAUUUGGGUUGUAUUCACAUUCGUAGCAGUCUGGCAUGACCUGGAAUGGAAACUUAUUUCAUGGGCGUGGUUAACAUGCUUAUUUUUUGUCCCUGAAAUACUGAUCAAGUCCUUAUCCAACAACUUCCAGGCAAAAAGCGCCCUUGGGCAGUUCAUUCACCGUGAGUUAGGUGCUAUUGGUGGUGCUGUGACAGUCAGCUGCCUUAUGGUGGCAAACCUUGUCGGCUAUGUCGUAGGGCCAUCGGGCAUUAAGGUUCUGAUGUCGCAGAUGCUCCAGAAGGAUGCCUUGCCUGCCCUUACAACUAUAUUUGCCACGUUCUAUGUGGGCGUCAAGCUUAUGUUCCAUAUACGUGAUGCUAAGAAGAGUCGGGGGUGACAACAAGUCAGAAGAACAACUAUCCAGUUUUGAUUGGGAACCUGGUGGCGUUGUAAGCGUGACAUCGUAAGGGUGACGAUGCUUCAACCAUUUUCUUCUUCUUGUUGGCUUUGUUUGACACCAGCGAAAGCUCAUGUGUGCAUUGAUCC